UAAAAGCGUCAAAAUCUACAUAUCAAUUCUCCAAGAGAUCACCUCAACAGCUUACUACUAUUUUCGCCUUUCUUCAAAAGCAAAACAGGUAUUAUUCUUCAUGCAUUACUGCUUUGCUUCAUGUUUAAUCAUCUUGACUGAGUCGGUUCUGUUCAUUUCUGCACUUCUGAUUGUAUGUGGCAAGAGCAAAAGGAAGAUUAAAAAAGCAGGACCGAAAACUUUAACGGACCGUCAAUUGAAGAACAAUCAGCAGCAGUCGCCGAAGGCAAAAUCGUCUCCUAUGAAAAAACAAAAGCAAACACAAGCAGCAGCUGUUCCGGAGAAAUCUUCUGAUAAGUUGGGGGCCUCUCCUAAAAAAGCUGAGACCGAAACAGCGAUUAAUUCUAUCGACGAUGUGCAUCCAAGUAAUGAAGCACCAAAGCCUAGAAAGUUUGCGCUCGACGAAAAGGCGAAAAAAAUCAAGGAUCAAGGAAUCAAAACGUUGAACCCAAAUGAGACGAUUGGGCAUGUUUUUUCCAAAAGGGAAGAUUAAUAAGCUAAUGUGGAGAUAAAGAUGUUUUCGAUAUAUAAAUAUAAUGUAUAAAUUAAUAAUGAUAAUUUUUUGUUUGUUGCUGUUUUGUUGAGGAAGUUAUUAAAAAUUGUGUAGAUAAAUGUUUGUGUGUUAAUAGUGUAAUUGGUUAAAAAAAUAAAUUGGUUAGUUAUAAAAUUAGGGUUGCAAUUUUUCGAUUCG